AAAGCUUCUUCAUCAACCAACGUAUUUUGGCUUCCUUUCUUCUUCUUCUUCUUCCUCUUCCCUAACAUUCCAUUCCCCGUAUGGGUCUCACCACUUGCUAAGUCUUCUCUCUCUUAUCUCUUCUUGUUUUAGCUAUGAAGAAGCAAUCUCAAUUCAGAUCCAAUCAUACCCUUCUCUUCUUUCUUCUCUGAUCAUCAACAACAACAACAACGAUUCGGGUUCUGUAAUUUCAGUUAUCGCAGAGAGAAAUGGCGAUGUUAGUUGAGCCACCAAAUGGGAUUAAACAACAAGGGAAACAUUACUACUCAAUGUGGCAAACAUUGUUCGAAAUCGAUACUAAGUAUGUUCCAAUUAAACCUAUUGGAAGAGGAGCUUAUGGUGUGGUUUGUUCUUCAAUCAAUCGUGAGACUAAUGAGAGAGUUGCUAUUAAAAAGAUUCACAAUGUGUUUGAGAAUCGUGUUGAUGCUUUGAGAACGUUGAGGGAACUUAAGCUUCUUAGGCAUGUGAGGCACGAGAAUGUUAUCGCGCUUAAAGAUGUUAUGUUGCCUGCUAAUAGAUCCAGUUUUAAAGAUGUUUAUUUGGUUUAUGAGCUCAUGGAUACUGAUCUUCAUCAGAUUAUUAAAUCCUCUCAGUCUCUUUCUGAUGAUCACUGCAAAUACUUCUUGUUUCAGUUGCUUAGAGGAUUGAAGUAUCUUCAUUCUGCAAACAUCCUGCAUCGGGAUUUGAAGCCCGGGAACCUCUUAGUCAACGCGAAUUGUGAUCUCAAGAUUUGUGAUUUUGGGUUGGCGAGAACGAGCCAAGGCAAUGAACAGUUCAUGACGGAGUAUGUUGUUACACGUUGGUACCGAGCACCUGAGCUUCUUCUUUGUUGUGAUAACUAUGGAACCUCCAUUGAUGUAUGGUCAGUUGGAUGCAUAUUCGCCGAGAUUCUUGGCAGGAAACCGAUUUUCCCGGGAACAGAAUGCCUUAAUCAGCUUAAGCUAAUCAUCAAUGUUGUUGGUAGCCAACAAGAAUCCGAUAUACGGUUCAUAGACAACCCGAAAGCUCGAAGGUUUAUAAAGUCUCUUCCUUUCUCAAGAGGAACUCAUCUCUCCAAUCUCUACCCACAAGCCAAUCCUCUAGCUAUAGAUUUAUUACAGAGGAUGCUCGUGUUCGAUCCAACGAAAAGAAUCUCUGUAACCGAUGCACUCUUACACCCGUACAUGGCGGGGCUGUUAGAUCCUGGAUCCAAUCCUCCUGCACAUGUCCCAAUCUCUCUGGACAUAGACGAAAACAUGGAGGAACCAAUGAUCAGAGAGAUGAUGUGGAAUGAGAUGCUUUAUUACCACCCUGAAGCUGAAAUCGCAAACACCUAAAUCAUCAUCAAGAGUAAGUUUUUUUUUCUUUCCAGUUUUCUUCUUUUUAAAAUGCAGCUUUGAUGUUAUGUUAUAUAGCGAGUCCACAAACAUCUGGUUUGAUUUAGUUGCAGUGAGUGAGUAGUAGUAACAAUGUUUGAAAAGUGGCUCUCAGUAUCUUACCACUUUGUAAAUGUGACUGUUUGUUACUAAAGUAAGUUAAGGCUUGUUUUUGUUACAUUA